AUGGAAUUCAAUAGCUUUACUGGUUCCAUACCAAUAGAGAUCUUCAAUCUCUCAAAGUUGAGUACUAUGUCAGUUCAACAAAAUCAACUUUCAGGCAAUCUUCCAUCCACAUUCGGUUAUAGGCUUCCCAAUUUAGAAUACCUUUAUCUCGAGAGUAAUCACCUUUCUGGAGCAUUACCUAGUUCAAUCUCAAAUUCUUGUAAUCUCCGUGUCAUAGAAAUUGCUGUUAACCAAUUCACGGGUCCAAUUCCUACUUCCCUGGGGGACCUAAGUCACCUAGAACGUUUGAAUCUACUUGGCAACAAAUUAACGGGUGACUCCACAUCUCCAGAGUUGAGCUUCAUCACUUCAUUGACAAAAUGCCAAUAUUUGUCAAUAUUGGACUUGGGUGACAAUCCAUUGCAUGGGAUCAUUCCGGACUCACACAGUAAUCUUUCAACUUCCCUUGAAAAACUAACUGCACCGAAUUGUAAAAUAAAAGGCAGCAUUCCUGAUGGAAUUGGAAACUUGAGAAGUUUGAUCCUAUUAGAUCUAUCAAACAAUGACUUAACUGGGUCAUUGCCAGCUACAAUAAAAGAUUUGCAAAAGCUUCAAUACAUGGAUCUCAGUAUGAACAAACUAAUUAGCAGAGUCCCCCUGCAUUUGCUCUGUGCUCUCCACAGAUUGGAUACAAUGAACCUUGGGCAAAAUCAAUUUAUGGCCUCAAUUCCAAAGUGCCUUCGGAAAUCUUACAUCCCUUAG